AUGAUUUUGCACUUAGAUUAUAUUGCUAUUGCCAAAACCAAGGCAGCCAGCCUUUAUGAAAAAGUAGACGAGUGUCGGUCAUUGGAGAAGACAAAUGAAAAUGAAUACAACCGAACAUUCUCAGCGAAACAUAAGCUGUUUGUCCGAACUGGACGCCAUGAUCCGGCCUAUCUGCACUGCCCAAUCCCUCAAUUCCCCAACCAAAUUGCAGCUUGGACUCGGCUAAGCGACCGUGCCAUCCUGACGCAUGGCGAAGUAACCUUUACCUCAGAUCCUAGGUUUCAGUUGUCGUUGAAAGAAAAUGAGCACGACUGGAUUUUAAUUAUACGGCGAGCAGAACUGUCGGAUUCUGGUUGCUAUUUAUGUGAAAUAAGCACUGAACCGAAAAGUACCGUUUAUACCGUGUAUUUAGAGGUUGAUGGUGAGUUUACUCGUAAUUUAUAUGUUAUUUUUAUCACAAUGCUAUAA